AUCAUUAAAAUCUCUUGAAGCUUAUUGCAUGAUUUACUGUUUCACCAUACUAGUCAUGCACGAAAAUCAUUGUUGAUGAAUUGGAGCUCCAAUGCACCUCUCAUGGCUUCUCUCCGCUCCCUCUCCAUCGUCGCUACUCCCUCAUCAUCGACCUCCCUUCUCUCUCCCUCCUUGCAGUCCACUCAGGACUCGGUUUUUCGUUCUCUUCCCCUCGCGCUGCAUCCCCAUCCCUGGCCUCCUCUCCGUUCCCAGGUUUCGGGCCAUUGCUGAAGCGGUUGAUAAGGCAGAAGGAGAAGAAUUUGAUAGGAAAGAUUCCGACUUUAUCAACGUUGGGUACAUCUGUGCUGCUCAUGGGCUCGAAGGGGAACUCCGGGUGAAACCCAGUACGGAUUUUCCUGAACUUCGAUUCUCCAAGCCGGGGAAGAGAUGGCUGAGAACUCGGAUUACAGGGAAAGAGUUGAUUUCAGAAGUGGAACUCACUGGGGGUAGAGCUCAUCCUGGUCAGAAGAGUUGGAUUAUUAGUCUUCAUGGAAUUGAUACUGUUGAGAAGGCAAAACAAAUGGUUGGAUCAACUUUGUUAGUGAGAGAAGGUGACAGGCCAGAACUUGAUGAAGAUGAGUUUUACACUCCUGAUCUUUUCAACAUGAGAGUGUUUCUGAAGGAAACUGGCACACUGGUAGGGACAGUGGUUAAUGUCGUCAAUACUGGGGCUAAUGAUGUACUACAGGUCAGAUGUCAUUCAACUGGAGAAGGAAUUGAUUGGUUAAAUUCUACAAAGCCAGAGUCAAGUGCUUCCGGUCACCUUGUAUGGAUUCCAUUUGUUGAAGCCAUCGUUCCUCAUGUAGAUAUGGACAAUAGAGAAAUGUGGAUUACACCUCCAAAGGGGCUUCUAGAGCUCAAUUUACAUUCUGAUCCAAGAUCUAAGAAAGAAAGACGCCAGCUGGAGUGGAAGCAGAGAAAGAAAAUUAAAUAUCGUGUUAUAUCUGCAAAAAGGAAGCUGAGUGAAUUGGGGCAGAACCAUGUACUGGAAGGUUUAAAAAUUGGAGAAAAAGACCAAAGGAGAUUUCUCGCAGGUCAAAUCGCAGAAAUCAAUUUCAAAUUGCUUCAGUGUUCAUUAGAAAGUAUCAGAACACCUAUUGAAAGAUAUGACUUGCCCAAGUUUAUUGAUGCUAAUUCAGCUGGAUUAAUGAAGAGUGCAUUUAAAAUCUCUCAGAAAUGCCUUGAUAGUUGCAAAAGUGAUGCGGAGAACAGCAUUCAUUAUGGUUUGUAUGAAGCAGGACUCCAACUUCUUAGAGAAUCAAAAGUUGCUACCAUUAUUCUACUGAAUGACAAUUCAGGAAAGUAUUCUGAGUCUGUUGAUGAUAAAUUGAAGUCUAAGAUCAUCCUGCUUCAAAAGUUGCUUCUUGACUGCAAGAGUGUGUUGAAGAUGAAAGAAGAUAUAUUUCCUCUCAUUCUGAUUUCUCCAGCACAUGAGAUCCAGUCAUAUGCGCAAAUUUUUUUGUUGGAGAAUGACUACUUCGGUUUUAGCAGUCAAAAGAUUUGGUUGUUGGAAGAAGAGAAGCUGCCUGUUGUUGGCAUGUGCCCAAAUGAAAAUACUCACAAAAUCUUGCUGAAAUCUCCAUGGGAUAUAAUCCAGUAUCCAGUUGGUGCUGGUGGAGUCUUCAGUUUACUCUCAUCGGACAAACUUAUAGAUGGACUUAGUGAGAUAGGUGUGGAGUAUGUCCAGAUAUGUAGUUUGUCUAAAAGAUCGGCCAUCGCUCAUCCCUUGUUCUUGGGUUUAGUUAAUUCGCGCAAUGCGAACACAGGGAUUAAAAUCUUCGACAGAAACAAAGGAGAUGGUGAGUUUGAUGGGGUAUUCUCAUUGUCAAGUCUAAAGAACAUCUGCAAACAAACAAACAAACUUCAGUUCAAUGUUUCUGAGGAACAGCAUGAACAUGUUGAGUUGGUAGACAAGGAAUGGAUCGAAGUACGACCCGAUGUACCCAAUGCAUACCAUUUUCAUUGCUCCGUUUACAGCUUUCUUAAUACUUGUUCUCUUGAUGAUAUGUGUCUUAUGCACAUUUUGGAUUAAAUCUUUUUAGAGGAAAUCCUAUUACUUCUGUUGAUGUGAGUUCCUAACUUUACCGAUUUUAUGUAUUUCUGAAGUUGGCAGGACCAUAUCAUACUAUGUAUUUAUUCCUCAAAUUUGUUUUGUUGCUGGUAUUUGCAGUUGAAACUUUAACAUGUAUUUUUUCAGGAUA